CGUGCAUCUGAUUGGUUGUUGAUUUCCUAGCGCUGACUUCUGUUUUUUCCUUCCCUUUUUUACAGCCCGUGUAAUUUCGAUCAUGAGACUAUUUACAGACUCUGAACAGAAAGUAUAAACUAAAACCGUCCACAGUUUGUCCAGGGAUGACUUCCUCUCAGCUCGUGUGGCUGCUGCUUUGCAAUACGAUCAGCGUCACCUCUGGGGUGCAGGUCCAGUCCUCUUUUGCCCAGGUGCCUUUCCUGACUGUGUGGAAUGCCCCCACUGCCAGCUGCCUCUCCCAGUACGGCGUGGACCUCGACCUGGGGACAUUCAACAUCGUCCAGAACCAAGACCAAACCUUCAUGGGAGCAAACAUAACCAUCUUUUAUGCUGAAAAGCUCGGCUUGUACCCCAGGUACUCCAGCCAAGGGGUGGCUAUUAAUGGCGGCGUCCCGCAGAACGCGAGCCUGGACCAGCACCUGACAGUGGCCUCGGAAAACAUCUACACUUAUAUUCCUGAAAAGAAUUUCGAGGGUCUGGCUGUGGUGGACUGGGAGAGCUGGAGACCGCUAUGGGAGAGGAACUGGGACAGUAAGGCGGUUUACUGCGAGGCUUCAAGGGCGUUGGUGAGGCAGCAGCAUCCGUACUGGAGCCCUGCACAAGUUGAGGCCGCGGCCCGGGCAGCAUUUGAGGCAGCAGGGAGGAAGUUCAUGGAGGAAACGCUGAAACUGGGGGAGCGCCAAAGGCCAAAUGGCUUGUGGGGUUACUACGGUUUUCCCAACUGCUACAACUACUACAACGAGAAAGUCACAAAUUACACAGGCGAGUGUCCCGCCAUCGAGAUCAAGAGGAACAACAAGCUGCUGUGGCUGUGGGCCGCGUCCUCUGCUCUGUAUCCCGACAUCUACCUCAGCCUCAACCUGCGAGGCCUCAGCAAAGAGGUGCUGCUGUACACUCACCACCGCAUCCUGGAGGCCAUGAGGGUGGGGGCCCAGGGGUCGCCGGUACCUCUGCCCGUGUUCACCUACUCCCGCAUCGUCUACACCUACUCGUUAGACUUCCUCUCCAAGGAGCACCUCAUCUACACUGUUGGAGAGAGCGCUGCCUUAGGUUCUGCAGGGGUCGUGCUCUGGGGCGACAACACCUACUCCAAAUCCUGGGGCACUUGUACUGCUGUCAGAUCGUACAUUGACAACACUCUGGGCCCAUACCUGGUCAAUGUAACGGCAGCGGCCACUAUGUGCAGCCAGAUGCUAUGUUCCUCUCAUGGAAGGUGUCAGAGGAAGGACCCGAGCUCCAGGGCCUACCUUCACCUGGACCCCUCUGUGUGGACGGUGGUGUCUGAGAAGAAGCCGAAUGGGUGGAGGAACUACAAAGUUUUGGGACAGAUGCAGGAGCAUGAGGUAACGUUCAUGAAGACUGAGUUCCAGUGCAUGUGUUACCCCGGGUGGAGUGGGAAGGACUGCUCCACAUCAUUUCAGACAUGACUAACUUUUUGUGAAGAAGUGAAACCAAGUAGGUGAACCACACCAGUUUUCUACAUGUGAUCUCCUUCAUCCGUUGUCCAUUUGAAAUGUGUAUAAUCACAAAUUCACAGGUUUUAAAAUUAGGUAACUGAUGAUAUUUUUAUUUUUUUAUUUUAGUCAAAUUCAAAUUACUAGAGCAGAAAAAUGUUUAAUGUUAAUUGGGAAGAUUAUGUUUGCAAGGUAAUUAAAACAUUGAGUAAUUAAGUGCAUUUUUAUUGCAUUUAUGAUAUAAUACAUUCCGAUGUUUGUCAC